CCGUCCUGUCCAAUCGGAGGGGAGCGGGGCGCGUCCGGAGGCGGCGCCAGAUUCGAAUUUGUCUUUUAUUUGGCCGAGCGAGUAGUCUGCAGGAGGUUUUCUCGUUGCUGCUGUUGGGGCCGGGAUCUUACAGACAGAGUCGGCAACAGAACAUGAACGGCUGCCCGUCCGAGAAGCAGUGUGUGCUGGGCUUCGAUGAGUUCGGGUUCGCCGUGUUCCGGAGACACUGUGACAGGUGGAAACAACAGCACCGCAGCCACGAGUACAGUUACCCAAGUGUCAGCACUUCCAAGAUAGAAUUAUGGCAGGAGAUGCUCAGCAACUGGAAUGAGACUGGUGCGCCCUGCGCAAGUAAGAUACAUAGCUUCAUAGAAUCCGGUGUUCCCACUGAGCUGCGUGGUCAACUGUGGAAAUGCCUCUUGGGCAGUGAUCGCAUUAAAGAAAGUAGUAUGCGUACCUACCAGGAUUAUGUGCAGGAGCUCCACAGCCAGCUAGCCGUCCUUGGUGUGAAUGAAUAUGGAGUGCAGAUGGCUGUAUCCACACUGGUCAGUGCAGACAAGGCGAGGGCAGGAAUGGAUGGUGGAACCAGGAAUCUGACACCUGACCGAAACCCAGAAGUCAAGAUUGAAACCUUGAGACAGAUUGUCCUGGACGUAGAGAGAUCUUUUCCGACACAUUGUUCCCUGAUGGGUAGGAACCCAGAAGCUAAAGAAGGACAAGCAAAGCUUUUCCGUCUCCUCUCCGCAUACGCCGAGUAUAAUCCUCAGAUAGGCUACUGUCAAGGAAUGUCGUACAUAGCAGCCAUGCUCCUAAUGAACAUGCAGGAGGAGGACGCUUUCUGGGCUUUGGUUGUCCUACUAGAGAAGCCCAAGUACCUGGCAGGAUUUUAUGAAUAUUCUCUGGAUACAAUCCAAAGGCAUGCCAAAAUCUUUCAACAGCUGCUGAAACAUCGAAUGCCCUGUCUCUGGCAACACAUGGAGAACCUGAAAGUGGCUCCAUCAUUGUUCAUCACCACUUGGUUCCUGACCCUUUUCACGUCCUUGCCUUGCUGGGACACGGUGUUGGCGAUCUGGGACCUGAUCAUUCUGGAUGGUAUCAAUAUAAUAUUCAGCACGGGCCUGUGCAUUCUACAGCUAUUGGAACCACGACUCCUGGCCAUGUCUGAUGUCUCCCUCCUCCUCCCCACACUGCUGCGGAUUCCUGUCGAUGUCUCCAGGUACAGUAUCCUGGUCCCAGCCCUCUGGAUGACUAAGGUGCAUAAGUGGGAACUGGACUGCAUGCUGAGUGUUGUAUUGGAGGAAGAGGAAGAAGAGAUGCUGUCCUCAGGCAGAUGCUCCAUUCAGUCAUCCACUGUGCAGGAGGUGACAAACAUUGAGAGGAAAAGUGCAUCUAACCCGAAGGGAGAUGAUGGGAAGAGAUCUUCAAGGUCAAGUGCAUCAACAGGAAGAGGGCGACAAGAGACAUUGAAGAACACACUCACCAAGAUGCUAAAGAUAGCUCGAUGUUACCUGCAGGACUUGGGCCAAUUGCCGGAAGACCCCGCGGUGAGCCAGUCGCGGGACAGAUCACCAGGUGCCCGUGGUCACUCAAAGCGCAGACCGUCUGCCCUCUGCAACAAAGGGGAGCUGUGGAAGGUGAACCGGGGGCGAGGCAGGACUGAGAGAACCCCUCUGUGACCAUGUCAGCCUUGCCAUCGGAAAGGCCAAUUGUUUCGUCAUCUAGUUUAGUA